CACGCACUGGCACCAGGCCAUCCAAGAUGAUACUAACCGUGUUCUUGAGCAACAAUGAACAGAUUUUGACCGAAGUUCCUGUGACACCAGAAACGACGUGUCGAGAUGUCGUGGAGUUUUGCAAGGAGCCUGGGGAAGGCAGUUGCCACUUGGCUGAAGUGUGGAGGGGAAAUGAGCGCCCCAUACCCUUUGAUCACAUGAUGUAUGAGCAUCUUCAGAAGUGGGGGCCGCGGAGGGAAGAAGUGAAAUUUUUUCUUCGACAUGAGGAUUCCCCGACCGAGAGCAGUGAGCAAGGUGGCCGUCAGACCCAAGAGCAGAGAACCCAGAGGAAUGUAAUAAACGUGCCUGGAGAAAAGCGUGCUGAGAAUGGGGAGCAGCGUCUACAUUUUCUAAAGCAGCAGGAGCGCCAUCAGCAGCAGUCUAUUUCUGAAAACGAAAAGCUUCAGAAACUGAAAGAGCGAGUUGAAGCCCAGGAAAACAAGCUGAAGAAGAUCCGUGCCAUGCGGGGGCAGGUGGACUACAGCAAGAUCAUGAACGGCAAUCUGUCUGCCGAGAUAGAGAGGUUCAGUGCCAUGUUCCAGGAGAAGAAGCAGGAGGUGCAGACGGCCAUUCUGCGCGUCGACCAGCUCAGCCAGCAGCUGGAGGACCUCAAGAAGGGGAAGCUGAACGGGCUGCAGCCUUACACCGGCAAGCUGACGGGCCCGGCCGCCAUGGAGCUGAAAAGGCUGUACCAGGAGCUGCAGAUUCGUAACCAGCUUAACCAGGAACAGAAUUCAAAACUGCAGCAGCAGAAGGACCUCUUAAAUAAGCGCAACAUGGAGGUGGCCAUGAUGGACAAGCGCAUCGGCGAGCUGCGCGAGCGUCUGUACGGGAAGAAAAUCCAGCUGAGCCGUGUGAAUGGCGCGUCGUCGCCACAGUCACCCCUGAGCACGCCUGGCAGGGUGGCUGCCGUAGGACCUUAUAUCCAGGUUCCCAGCGCCGGCAGCUGCUCAGCCCCGGGGGACCCCAUAAAGCCCCAGUCUCUCACUGUUGCUUCAGGAGCUGCCCAUGGGAGGCCCAAACCCGCUAAUGAUGGAAACUGGCCAACACUAAAACAAAAUAUGAGCUCUGCGGUGAAACCAACACAGAUGGCCCCUGUGGACUGGAAGGACCCGAGCGUGGAGGGGCCGCUCAGGCAGGGCCCCGUCUCCAGCCAGCCUGCGCCCUUGUCAGCUCUGGGAGCCCCGGAGAAGCUGGGCAUCGAGAUGGGUAAAAUGCCACCCCCCGUCCCUGGUGUCGGCAAGCAGCUGCCGCCGAGCUACGGCACACACCCAAGUCCUGCGCCCGUGGCUCCAGGGCCCACAAACUCCCUGGAAAGGAGGAAGGAGGGCAGCUUGCCCAGGCCCAGCGCAGGCCUGGCCGGUCGGCAGAAGCCCGGCCCUCUGCCCUCCAUGGGCAGCACCCACCCGCCGGGCUCCUCCCAGCAGAUCCAGCAGCGGAUUUCUGUGCCCCCGAGCCCCACGUACCCGCCCGCAGGGCCGCCUGCGUUUCCCACUGGAGACGGCAAACCCGAGCUCCCACUGACUGUGGCCAUCAGGCCCUUCCUGGCAGACAAAGGAUCCAGGCCACAGUCCCCCAGGAAAGGACCCCAGACAGUGAAUUCAAGUUCCAUAUACUCCAUGUACCUCCAGCAAGCCACGCCCCCCAAGAAUUACCAGCCCGCAGCGCAUGGCGCCUCGAAUAAGUCGGUCAAAGCAGUGUACGGGAAGCCCGUCCUGCCAUCGGGCUCGGGCUCAACGUCCCCGUCGCCAUUGCCGUUUCUUCACGGGCCGCUGGCCACCAGCACCUCGCAGCCCACGCCCCCUGCAGAGAGUGCCGAGCGGGAGCCCGAGCAGGACAGCCCGGCCCCGCCCGCGGAGGCCACGGGCGCCAUGGAGAGCCUGCCGCGGCCGCUCAGCCCCACCAAGCUCACGCCCAUCGUGCACUCCCCGCUGCGCUACCAGAGCGACGCGGACCUGGAGGCCCUGCGCCGGAAGCUGGCCAACGCGCCGCGGCCGCUGAAGAAGCGCAGCUCCAUCACGGAGCCCGAGGGCCCGGGCGGGCCCAACAUCCAGAAGCUGCUCUACCAGCGCUUCAACACCCUGGCCGGCGGCAUGGAGGGCACCCCGUUCUACCAGCCCAGCCCCUCGCAGGGCCUCACGGGCACCCUGGCCGACAUGGACAAUGGGAACACCAAUGCCAACGGGAACCUGGGGGAGGCCAGCCCUGCCCAGCCCACAGCCCCGCUGCCCGCCGAGCCCGCUCCUGCCUCAGACGCCAACGACAACGAGCUCCCUUCCCCUGAGCCCGAGGGGCUCCUCCGUCUCCAGACCACCCCCCAGGCCGUGGAGCCUGCGGAGGACAACAACAACAACGUGGCCACGGCCCUGUCCACGGAGCAGGUCCCGAGCCCUGGGCCCGAGGCCCCCUCUCCGGGGGAAGAGCCCGUUUCCCCAUCACGUCCCCCCGCUUCCUCUUCACAGAGCAAGCGGACCAACCUGAAGAAACCCAACUCCGAGCGCACGGGCCGCGGGCUGCGCGUCCGCUUCAACCCCCUGGCGCUGCUCCUGGACGCGUCCCUGGAGGGAGAGUUCGACCUGGUGCAGAGGAUCAUCUACGAGGUGGAAGACCCCAGCAAGCCCAACGACGAAGGGAUCACCCCGCUGCACAACGCCGUCUGCGCCGGCCACCACCACAUCGUGCGGUUCCUACUGGACUUCGGUGUCAACGUGAACGCCGCCGACAGCGAUGGCUGGACGCCGCUGCACUGCGCCGCCUCCUGCAACAGCGUGCACCUCUGCAAACAGCUGGUGGAGAGCGGUGCCGCCAUUUUUGCCUCGACCAUCAGUGACAUUGAAACUGCUGCGGACAAGUGCGAGGAGAUGGAGGAGGGCUACAUCCAGUGCUCCCAGUUUCUGUAUGGGGUGCAGGAGAAGCUGGGCGUGAUGAACAAGGGCGUGGUGUACGCGCUGUGGAGCUACGAGGCCCAGAACAGCGACGAGCUGUCCUUCCGAGAAGGCGACGCCAUCACCAUCCUGAGGCGCAAGGAUGAGCACGAGACCCAGUGGUGGUGGGCUCGCCUGGGCGACCGGGAGGGCUACGUGCCCAGAAACCUGCUGGGGCUGUGUCCUCGGAUCCAGCCCCGGCAGCGAACGCUGGCCUGAGCCCCCGCCAAGGAGCCGCUGAGGUCGCCUGCGUCCCUGCGCGGAAGCUGAAGUCUAUGGUGCUCACGCAGCAGAAGCCCACAAUGUGAACCGCAGGCUCGGGAGGCCUCCUCCAGCCGCCUCCAGAGGACUGAGCUUUGCCAAUGACUGUCAACCCAAAUAAAUGCCCAGCUUUCUACGCCUGUGCCAAUAGAAGCCCGAGAGUGAACCCCCGGAUGGUUGCCAGUGGAGACCAGUGGCCUGACUGGCCCCAAGGCCACCCUCAUGCUCCAUGUCCCUCACCAGCAGUGAGCGCGCCCACUGCCGUGCGUGCUCCCCCGAGCCCUGCCCGCCUGCCGCUGGGCACCUCAGCACCAGGUCCUUCCCUUCAUGACCAUAGGAGCCUGCAGGGAAACCCGUGCAGUGGCCCUGACACGGGGCUCCACUUCCUGUUCCGGCCCGUGGUGCGGGGCUGGACUUCAGGCCCCAGGCAGGGACCUCAAGACCAAGGGACCAUGGCCAGGAGCCUGUCAGCACUGACCUCCUCGCUUCCUUCUCUGCAGCCCCUCGCUGCCCAGGUGUGGUUCUUACCCCCCUCAGCCCCUCGGUUUUCAUUCACGGGAACCAGAAACAAGAGAAAUGCCAUUGGCUCUGUGCCUGGUUGGGGCUUGGUGGGCCCUGAGUGUAGGCAGACCCUGCCCCCCACCGGCCAGGAACCUGAGGUCGGUCACUCGGGUGGCAUGGUCGUCAGGAGGGGCAGCUGUGGGCAUGAGGGUGGGCCUCCCCGUUGGGCCAGCCGUGAUGUGGUGACCUUGGCAGGCCCUUCACCGAAGGCAGCUGAACGCACAGGCUUUUAUACCAAAAGUAUUUUUGACUAGACAUUCGCAACUACGAGGAUGAUGCUGGAGAUGUCGAGAAGUCUUUCUCAUUAAAUUCCAGGCCCGUAGGCUUUAUUUUCCAUGGACGAGUCUGUGUAUAAUUCUGUAUAGACGUGUGUAUAGACCGUUGCUGUACUGGUCCCCUUUAAGCAUUGAGUGUACACAGUGCUGAUGGAGCGUGAAGACCCCGGGGCAGCCUCUGCCGGGGCCCCCUCCACCCGAUGCCGUGUAACGUGCGCAAUAAACACUGUUUCCCCGUG